AUGGCUCCACGCCCCCGGAGGAGGUACUCGACACUGGAGGCCAUGGCGUUGCACGAGUCUGUCUCACCCGACCGCUGGUGCGUGACCCGCGCGGACCUGAAGUACCUGCGUCGAGAGGUGCGGAUGGCCAUCCAGGCUGGCGAGAUUCGACCCAAGGGCUGCGAAGAGGAGAGGGAGUGUUUUGACGAGCUCUAUGGGCCCAGCAUCUACACGGUGACUGAACAGCACAUCAUGCCGGUGACGGAGCAGGCUGGCAAAGUGAGCUGGGCUCUGAUGAGGCACCCGAACGGAUUGGACUGCGAUGUGUUCAUCAGCCAUGCCUGGCAGGAGGGUGUGUUCGAGUUCCUGGCAAAGGUGCUGCACUCCUGGCCCACGCGAGCAAGACACGCCUGGUGCUGCAUGCUGGCCAACCCACAGAACUUGGACAUCGGUGCCCUGCUGCAGUCUCCCAGCAGCUCCCCGUUUGCGCUGGCACUCCGGGUCUCGAAGUACGUCCUCGUCGUGCCGAACCGCCAUUGCAGCAUUUACACAAGGCUCUGGUGUGGCUAUGAAGCCUACCGAGCUCACGAAGAGGGUAAAACCAUCUUGGUGGCACAAGCUUCGAGCAGGAAACAAAUCGCAGAUGCCCUGACCUGGGCGAUUUUGGCAGGACUCUGGGGCCUGCUGUGUGGCGCUGCCUUGAAGUUCUGUCAUGUCGACAUCAGAGCGGCCUUGUUGUGGAUUCUCGCGCUGCUGACGUUGUCUAGUGUCAUUGUGAUGGACAACACUUGUCGCACGACAGUAAACAGGAUUGGGGCCUUGGUCUGUGGCUCGCUAUUUUUUCAGUGGCAUACAGUUCGCGGACACUGUGCUUUUCAGGCUUUUGCUUGUCAUGACGUGCCAUAUGUGGAGCAGCGAAUCAUAAUUCUGACAAUGGCAGUUUUCUUCUUAUUGCAGGAAUUCGAUCGCACCAACAGCCUCACGAGAAAGCAGGAGGCACAGCAACUCAGCCGUGGCUAUCAAGCCACCAUCGAACGUGCCGCAUGUUCACAGGCAGCUGAUGCGACGCGGAUUUUUGAGGAGAUUGGCCAGAAGACAGGUGCUGUGGACUACGCCAUCCAUGUCUUGCUCAAGGCAGGGAUGUCGUCACCGACCCUUCGGCAAGUUGCAAGCAAAGGUGUGGACAUUCAACACGCGGGCUCUGCCGAAGUUGCAGUUCCCUUCAUAGCCUUUUCGACCGCCCUGCUUGCACUCAUCCGACUUUGUGUUGACGCUUUCGUUGAACACAUAGAGUGGCACGGCAUUCUUCUCCAGUGCAUCAAUUUUCUUACCCGGCCUGCUCUGCUGGUGAUACUUUGCCGGAGUCCUGUUGAUGAGCGCUGCUUCAUUUUGAAGAUGAUGACGAAAAUGGCUGUUCUCUAUCUCAUGAUUGGCUGCCCCCUCGUGGUCGUUUGGGAGAUGAGGGCCAUGCAGAGGAGCAGUCCGAACCGCGCAUGGUUUGCCCUGCCUACGACCAUCUACAGCGUCACCUUAUUGUUCGCCUGCCUUGGCAUGCGACGGCUCGCAGCGAUUCCGGCUAUCGGACCUUGUCUGUUGCAUCUCUUUCUUGCUCGAGGCAGCAGGCUCAUCCCAAGCGACCUGCCACAUCGCCGGAGUUGCGCGCUGGAGUCAGAGACGACAAGUGAGUCGAGUUCUCUCUCAGCAAACGAGGCGGAGGAGGGUUAG